GCAGACUCGGCGGGCAGAAGGGCGAAAUCAAUCUGGGCUUUGUCUUGCUUGUGUUGUGGCUGAGCGGGGGGUUGCGCUUGGUUGUUUGCGAGAGUGGGGGCGUCUGGUUGUGGACGGGUCGCCAUAGCCCAUGCUUACGAGCUGGAGGCUGCGUCCUUGGCUUCGCGGCGCCUGCGAAUGGAACCCCCACGUCCGGAGCAUUCUAACGAGGUGAUGCACGCGCGGUGUGGAGCUAUGUGCAGGGCGAUGAAGCUCCCGGAAGGCAAGGGAGCUGUGCCGUGGAGAUCUUCCUUGGAUAUGCGUUUAGUAGAAGCUGACGGUAGGGUCUGGUAGGGACAGCAGGAAAUUCAGAGAUUUGUGGCGGAGACAGCCGUUGUGAUGAUCAGUGGCUUGCCGAGCGGGGCUGCGGAAGGGGGCCCCGUGUCGUCUUCGCAACCUUCCCUUGAGUGGAAAUUCUCGCAAGUGUUUGGUGAGCGCGGCAUCGGUGAAGAAGUCCAAGAAGUCGAUAUCAUCUCGGCAAUUGAGUUUGAUAAAUCUGGGGAACAUUUAGCAACUGGGGAUCGAGGAGGACGUGUUGUGUUGUUUGACAGAACGGAUGGCGUAGAGCAACGCACACGCAAGGAGUUGGAAAACACGGAUUGUUCACCAUCCAGGCAUCCAGAUUACCGAUACUCCACAGAGAUUCAAAGUCAUGAACCCGAGUUUGACUACUUGAAGAGUCAUGAGAUAGAAGAAAAGAUAAAUAAAAUCAAGUGGUGCCACACUGCCAAUGGUGCUAAGUUCCUGCUGUCUACGAAUGAUAAAACGAUUAAAUCUUGGAAGGUAUCAGAGAAGAAGUUGAAACAAGUAUCUAACCUGAAUAUAGCUCCUGGAGUUUAUGGCAACGGCAGUGCAAUAUCCAGCAGCCUGUCACUUAACCCAACAGGUUUUUGCCCCCGCUCGCGUUCCUUCCCAUUCAGCAGUGACUCCGAUUUUAUGUUUCCACUUGGCGGGAUCCCAGCGCUGCAUCUUCCCUCGGUUUCAAGCAAUGAGUCAACGUUGGUUGCUAGGUGUAGAAAAGUAUAUGCCAAUGCCCAUGCAUAUCACAUCAAUUCCAUCUCCACUAACAGUGACUGUGAAACGUACAUCUCUGCGGAUGAUUUGAGAAUAAAUCUUUGGAACCUCGAAGUGAACGAUCAAAGUUACAACAUAGUUGACUUGAAACCAGUCAAUAUGGAGGACCUUACAGAGGUCAUAACGUCAGCAGAGUUUCACCCUACGCAUUGCAAUGUGCUAGCAUAUAGUAGCAGUAAAGGGUCUAUCCGGCUCAUUGACAUGCGCCAGUCAGCUCUUUGUGACACACACGCAAAACUAUUUCAGGACAUAGAACCCGCAGCAACAAGGUCUUUUUUCACUGAGAUUAUCUCUUCUAUCUCUGACAUUAAGUUUGUAAGGAGUGGUCGAUACAUUCUUAGUCGAGAUUACAUGACUCUAAAGUUGUGGGACGUGAACAUGGAAGCGGGUCCCGUCGCGACUCUGAAGGUUCAUGAGCAUUUGCGGCCGAAGCUCUGUGAUCUGUACGAAAACGAUUCCAUCUUAGAUAAAUUCCAGUGUUGUUGGAGUGGAGAUGGUGCACACGUCGCAACUGGCUCCUACAGCAACUUGUUUCGCGUGUUUGAGGCGGUUACUGGAGGUGAGGUGUCUUCAAUUUUGGAAGCCAGCAAAAGUCCCAACAGACGAAAUGCAACCCCACCGUCGAGACUUUCAAGUCAGCUGGUCAACAUUGCUCGAGGCUGUUGCGACAACCGACGAGGAGGAAACGAGAACCCUGGUGCAGAGAAUGGAACGUAUGAUUAUACUGCAAAGCUUCUGCACUUAGCGUGGCAUCCCGCAGCCAAUUUGAUUGCCUGUGCUGCAUCCAACAGCUUGUACAUGUACUAUGCUUAGGAUCACCCCAUUAGUAGCUCCUUUCAGUAAAUUCAUUUCUGAUUAUUUGCAGUAUCGUCUCUUCAUUGUUUUGGGGAUUGCAAUGGCAUUUAUUAUUUUAGUUU